AUGGAGGGAUCGGAGGACAAAGGAAAAGUGAAGGAGAAAAGCUUCUCGCUAUGUUACGUGGGAUACUCGGGGCUGGAUAGGCGCACCACGUUGCCCAUGCUUCCGUGGCUCGUAGCAGAGAUCAGACGCAAAAGUGAGUCCGGUCCGGUUUCUGCAAGGCAGGUCCAGCUGUCCCUCACCCCUCCGAUCAUCCGAUGUGUACCUGCCAACAGCAGCAGCUCGUCCGUGUUUAUCUUUGAGCACAAAGCGCAAUGCAUCUCACGGUUCAUCCACAACAGCCACGAUCUGGCUUACUUUGCCUAUUUGAUCCGCAGCCAGCCCGAUGAUCCGGAGUGUGAAAUGGCCUGCCAUGUGUUUAAAGCGUGCGAUCCAGACCAGGUGGCCGAGGUGAUUAGCAGCAUUCGCCAGGCCUCUAAAGUUGCUCUAAAGGAGGACAGUAAACCCAAGCAGGAGGCCGAGGAGUCCUUUUACAACUCGCAGAAAUUUGAGGUGCUUUACUGUGGCAAGGUAAUGAUGAACAACAAGAAAGCACCCUCCACGCUGAUCGACGACUGCAUCGAACUUUUCCGGGAGCACGAGACUGAGCGCAGGCGUCUUCGCCUUCUGAACGGCCAACGUGUCUCCACCGAGACCCCUGUGGUGUUCAGCGUGGGAGAUGACCCCCUCAGUGCUCCGCUCUCAGAGACUGCAGAGGUCGAGUCAAACGGGAAAGUAGGCAGCCAGCGUAGUGCCUUUCCUGAGUGUAUUCAGGAGGACUCGGGCUUCGAGCAGCAGGAGUUUCGUACACGCUGCAACAGCCUGGCUCAAAAUAAACCUAAAGAUAUAGGAGCCAAAGGGCCAACGCGCAGGAGGCAUGCCAGCGCUCCUAACAAUGUUCAGCCUUCAGAUGCAGACAAGAACCGCACUAUGUUGUUUCAGGUUGGACGCUUUGAGGUGAACCUUAUCAGCCCUGACAGCAAGACCGUUGUGCUGGAGAAGAAUUUCAAAGACAUUUCCUUUUGCUCUCAGGGAGUGAAGCAGACGGACCACUUUGGCUUUAUUUGUCGAGAUGUGGUGGAGUCUGGGCCCAGCCAGUACAUGUGUUAUGUGUUCCAGUGUGCCAAUGAAUCUCUGGUGGAUGAGGUGAUGUUAACUCUGAAGCAGGCCUUCAGCACAGCAGCAGCAAUGCAGAGCUCCAAAACCCAAAUUAAACUGUGCGAGGCUUGUCCUAUGCACCACCUGCACAAGCUCUGUGAGCGGAUUGAAGGUUUAUACCCACCCAGAGCAAAGCUGGCCAUUCAGAAAUACCUCUCACUGCUGACUGAUAAUGAGCAGGUCGAGAUUUUUGAACGUGUGCAGAGGAUGAAGCCAAGUUCUGAUCAGGAGGAGAAUGAGCUUGUUAUUCUUCACCUCAGGCAGCUGUGUGAGACCAAGCAAAAGACCCACGUACAUAUUGGAGAAGCUCCUCAGCAGAAUUCGGCUAACAUUACAUCAGGCUCCGAGAACUCGAACGCAGCUGGACGCAACAAGCUGGAUGUGCUAAAGAAUAAAGCUCGCAGUUCUCUCACCAGCUCCCUGGAGAACAUCUUUUCACGGGGUGCUAGCCGGAUGCGUAUGAGACUUGGAAGCAUGGGAAGCUUUGACCGUCAGGACGAGUCUCCUGGUGACUCUCCUCCAGGGACUCCACCUGGUUUUGUGGAAGAGGACCCCGAUGCCCCCCAGUUUCGCCGCCGGGCGCACACCUUCAGUCAUCCACCAAUCAAAAAGAGGAUCUCUUUUACAGAGUUGCCAACUCAAAGCAGGAUUCCUGUUCAUAGGCAACAGUCCCUGGCUCCAGAAUUGCUGCAGAGCAGCCAAGUGCGUGUGCCAAGAAAGCGCAGCGUCUCUGAGGGCGAGUCCUCCUUCAGCCUCCCCUCAUCCUUCUCAGCUCCCACUUUCCUGAAAAGUUUUAAUCUAGGCUCCUUCAGCUCACUGGCCUCCCUGCCGGACAGCGCCAGCCUCAAGAGUAAUGGAGAGGAUAGAAAGAGAAGCCUUUCAGGCUGCAGCACUGACUUGGUGACACCCGUGACACUGCGCAGGGUGUCUUGGCGUCAGAAGAUUUUCCUUCGAGUGGCCUCGCCCAUGAACAAGACCUCUGCCUCUAUGCACAAGGCCGAUAUAGAUGGCAGUGAGCUGCUGCCCCUCUCUCCUCGUGCAUUUGCACUGUCCAGUCUGCUGCCCUCUGUUCAGGGCCAAAGAGGAGAGACCGGCCGCCGCACCGCAGCUGAUUAUAGAGCCCUGUGGAAAAAAGCCAUCCAUCAGCAGAUCCUUCUCAUACGCAUGGAGAAAGAGAACCAGCGGUUAGAAGCCAGCCGAGAUGAGCUGCACAUCCGAAAAAUGAAGCUGGACUACCAGGAAGUGGGCGAAUGUCCUGAAGAGGUGCUGGCUCUGUGGGAGAUGAAGCUGAAUGUGCCCUGCAGGACCAAAGUUCAGUGGAAUAAGGAUGAGAUCCACACAGCAAUCUGCCAGGGUGUUCCAAAAAGUAGGCGGGGUGAAGUGUGGCUGCUUCUCUCUCAGCAGUAUCGCCUGCGUCAUCGUCUACCCCAGCGGCAGCAGCCACCAGAUACACUCUACCAGGAUCUGCUUAAACAACUCACCACGCAACAGCAUGCCAUCCUGGUGGAUCUAGGUCGCACGUUUCCCACACACCAGUACUUCAGCACUCAGUUGGGUGCAGGACAGCUGUGCCUCUAUAAUCUGUUGAAGGCCUACUCUCUGCUGGAUACAGAGGUGGGAUACUGCCAGGGUAUCAGCUUUGUGGCUGGAGUGCUGCUGCUGCACAUGAGUGAGGAGCAGGCCUUUGACACUCUCAAGUUCCUUAUGUACGAUCUGGGUCUCAGGCGCCAGUACCGGCCUGACAUGAUCUCCUUACAGAUUCAGAUGUAUCAGUUGUCUCGGCUGCUGCACGACUACCAUCGGGGCCUUUAUUCACACCUGGAGGAGCACGAGAUCAGCCCAAGUCUGUAUGCUGCACCCUGGUUGCUCACGCUGUUUGCCUCUCAGUUCCCCCUCGGCUUUGUCUCCCGCAUCUUUGACCUCCUGUUUGUCCAGGGCACUGAGGUGAUUUUUAAGGUGGCCCUAUGUCUUCUGAGCAGCCACGAGGGGGAGAUACUGGAGUGCGACAGCUUUGAGAGCAUCGUAAAUUACCUUAAGACCACCAUUCCUACCCUUACACACAGUCAGAUGGAAGAGACAAUCACCAAGGCUUUAGAAAUGGACAUCUCCAAGCAGCUGCACGCCUAUGAGGUGGAGUACCACGUCCUACAGGAUGAAAUGGUGGACGCUCCUCCACUGUCGGACGACUCAGAUAGGCUGGAAAAACUAGAGAAGACCAAUGCUCAACUGAAAAAGCAAAACAUGGACUUGCUAGAGAAACUGCAGGCAGCACGGGUGAAGAUCCAGAGUCUUGAGAGCAGUAUGGAGAGCUUCUUGGCAAACGAGAGCCAGAUGAAGCACAUGAUCCGGUCUCUGGAGCAGGAGAAAGCCAACUAUCAGAAGACUAUUGAGCGCAUGCGCAACUGCCUUCCUGCAGAUGCUGCUGAUAUGGAGAUGACCCAGCUGAAGAUGAACAGCAACGGCAAAACCAAAGCAGCUAACAAAAAGCCUUGAAUUAUCCAGCACUAUCUUGGUGAUGGAAUAUGCAUUAUGCAUCUAUGAGAGAUGCAGCAAAACUGUUAGUGGAGGCUUGAGAAGCAUCCAUCUUCACAUCAUGUAGCCAUCUCUUGAUUGUAUCUACCAUAGCUUUGAGGAGCUGUGGAACUUUAUGUGCCUGCUCUAGUGACCAGAACUGUGGCAAUGUAUAGAUUUUGGGCAUGUGUAACCUUCUGCAAAACAAGUCUGGCUUUGCUUUUAGCAAAGCACAAAUUGAACAGUUGACAUCACAAAGUGCCCCAAGUGUAAAAGAAAUUAAGAAUGGCUGCUGCUGCGAGAGGUGCUACUCUUCUGUACUAAAUUUAGUUCAGGUAAAAGGAGAUUAUGGACUUCACUGCGACAUCUGCUGUGCUGAGAACACUUGACAACAAUACGAAUGUAAUCUUUCCAGAUUGAUGUGUGACUCACGGCUCAGAAUGGAGCAUCACUGCUGUGAUGUCAUUGUGCUUUUUGUGAAUGGCAGACUCUAUGACUUUAAAACCCGCUGAAGAAUUUUGAAGAAAGGAAGCAGUGACGCAAUCAACCAAGAAAAUUUAGUUUAUCUAAUUAACAUGCUCAAUACUGUUUACUGCUCAAACCCAAACUCAUCUUAAACAAUCCUGCUUUUCUACAUCUAGCUGCCAGUCUGGUACUUAAGGUGAAUCAGACUUGAAAAACCUACCGCAACGUCUACCUUAAUGCUAAAACCUUAUGCUAGUCACACACUGUGUUGUUUACCCAAUGGAAAGUCAGUGUACAAAGGAUAUUUUGGGAUUAUAGACCCAUUUUACACUCAAAGCCAAAGUAAUUACAAGGUUAGCUUUGCUGAUAUAAGUCACUAUUUUUAGUUAUUUUUAAAGUUGGUUUAUAUUUUCUUAGAUGUUUGUGCACGUGUCUGUUGCACAACAUAGAGAAGGUGUUUUUUGAGGGCUGGGGGCAGUCAAUCAGGGCUAAACAGUAUUCCAUCAAUUUUAGAUUUAUGCAAAUGAAACUAUUGCAGUCUUUACAUGCAGUUAUUAGUAAAAUCAUCAUUAUUAUAUUUUUAUCUGACUGAUCAGAACAUAAACUACUUUACUGUCUUUAAUAUAAGACAAACCUAUCAUGCUGAUUAAUCACAAUUAAUCACAAUCGCAAUUCCAAACUGUAGAUUUUACAAGGUAGUGUGUCUAAGGUCCAAACCAAAAAAGACAGUGAGCACAAUCACUCGUGAUAAAUCACAAUAAGCUGAAUCGCUUUAUUUUUUUUUACUUGUAGUGGUUUUAAAAGUAAUCAUGACAUUUACAUCAAGUUUCUGACAACAUUAAAUGUUACACUGGUGAAAGAUGUAAUAACAAAAAAAACUUGAUUCAACUAAACCUUAAAAAAAAAAAAAAACUAUGGCUUUAACUUUUAUUUUUUGCAAUAAGUCAGGAAGAAUAGUGUUCCUGAUAAUGAUUGCUGUAGCAGAGAGAGCUCUCAUUUUUUCCUCAUAGCUUUCCCUGUAUUUUUUGAUAUGGCUCAUGCCACACUGCCAUCAUGUAUGUUGGCAGACAUCUACUUGUAGAUCUGCAUUGAGGCUGCACAUGUAGAUUCACAAGUGUCGAAAUAUAAUGCAGCCUUUAAGCCUUCACUGUGUCUUUUACCAGGAGUAAAAGCACACACAUUUGCCUUGAACUAAACAUUAAAUGUGAUCCAAUGUUUAUCAAAUGCAAACAUAAUAAAUUUGUUGAAAAGUA